AAUCUCUAAUAAAGAGUUGUCAUGAAGUACGCUUCUCUGUUCAUUGGUCUAUCUUUCUUUCUGAUUCAUCAGUUUUCUUCAACCAGCCAAGGUCUUGUUCUUGCAUCAUCAGUAGUGCAUGCAAAUAAACUUGCACCAGCAAUGUAUGUGUUUGGUGAUUCUGUGGUUGACAGUGGAAACAACAAUUAUCUUAAAACACUAGCAAAAGGAAAUUAUAAACCAUAUGGAGUCGAUUAUCCGAAUGGAGCUAGUGGCAGGUUCACCAACGGCUACACCAUCGUAGAUUAUCUAGCUGCGUGGCUUGGAUUACCGUUUGUACCCCCGUAUUUAGGUUUGUCAAAAGUAAAAAGGAGCAAAGUAACAACAGGUAUAAACUAUGCAUCUGGAGCAGCUGGUAUUCUUCCAGAAUCAGGAACCGCAACAGGAGACAACUUGAUCUUGGGAAACCAAGUGAAUUACUUCAAACAAACAGUCCAUUUUGACUUGCCUAAAUCCUUGAAAACACGGAAAAAGAUAACCAAAUAUUUGGCCAAGUCCAUAGUUGUUGUUGUAAUAGGAAGCAAUGACUACCUCAACAAUUACCUGCAACCAACAAGAUACAAUAGCAGCAAAAUCUAUACACCUCAACAAUAUGGUGCUCUCUUGGUAUCAACACUCGAACAACAUCUAAAAAAUAUGUAUCAUAUAGGUGCAAGGAAAUUUCUAGUGUUUGAAAUGGGUCCGAUUGGGUGUUUACCAUCAGUAGUUAAUAGUUUUAAUCCAGGACCAACUACUCCAUGUAUAGAAGGUAUUAAUGAUCUGGUUAAGAUUUUCAAUUUCGGAGUUACAAAUAUGAUUCAAGAUCUUACAUCCACCUUGAAAGGCUCCACUUUUAUUUAUGGAGAUGUCUUCGAAAACACCUAUCAACAAGCCAUUACUCCUCUCAAAUAUGGCUAUUCUGGAGGAAAUGCGCCAUGUUGUUCCAUUUCAAAUGCAAGUUCACUCUGUCUUCCGAAUCAGACACCAUGCAAGAACAAGAAUGCUUAUCACUAUUGGGACGGAUUUCAUCCAACUCAGAGAGUUAACUUUGAAAUUGCUAAUGGAUGUUUCAGAGGCUCAUCGACUUGUUUACCCAUUAACGUUUACCAACUAGCGUGCAUUUAAGUUAUUUUGGUGUGAAUAAGGAGCAGCUGUAUGUAAAUUGAUUCAUUGAUUUUAAUAAAACUUGUUUGUUGUUAUCUA